AUGUCUCGACGCGCGCGUGAAUCGAUGCGAAAGCACGGACGCGUGGACGACGCACCGGACGGGUGGUCGAGCGCGUCGGAGGACGAGGCUGCGUACGAGAAAUUGAAGUUCAGGUUCAACGCGGAACGCGCGCGGAGUCGCGCGGUGGUCCCGGGGAGUACACGAGGGAUUCAGGACGUUGACUCCGGUGAUUCGGAGAGAUUGGAUGGGCAAUCGAUGUUCUGGCGGAGAGUGGGUGCGUCGGCGGUGCGAGAACCGACGACUCUGGACGCGCGCGGUUUGGGGCGCGGGACGUGCGUGGCGCUGCGCGCGGUUUCGCACGGCGGAUGGUUCGCGGCGAAAGACGGUUUGGGGCGGACGGUUCGGGCGAAUGAUCGUCCGAUAGAGUGUGGAGAACGACAGGUAUUGGAGUUCGGCGCGGCGCGAGUUGGUGGGAAAGAUGAGGCGGACGCGUUGCGAUUGACGGCGAGAGAUGCGUCUACGCAUUUGGUGGUGCUUCGGUUUGGGGAUUAUCACGGCUUUCGUUCGCACGCCGCGGGUGGUCGAUUAUUACAGGCAAGGCGCAAGGCAGCGAGCGAUUUGUGUUUCUAUAGCGAAAAUUUUGGUGUGUGCGAGCAGUGGGAGCUUGUGGAGGUUGAUCACGGGCGCGCAAAGAGCGGACAGGCGAUGAAAUUCAGGAAUCGACGGUUUCCACACGCUACGCUGGAUGUAAUCGUCAGCGUCGUCCCGAACGAGUUCUUGCCGCGGUAUGCGUUGGACGAUAUGAAUAUGUACGCGGAUGAUCUCGAGUACGUGGAGUUCGGCGCGAACGAGAGCGAUCCCGAGUCGCCAUCAAAGUUGGUUCAGCGCCCACUAGCGGCUCCGCCGAGUCCGGGCGAGAUGGACGCAUCGCGAACCUCUAUGGAAGGUGCGAAGGAGGUUUUUGUCACGAAACAGGUUUUCAAGGAAGAACAACGCGUUACAAAGAAGCAUUCAGCGCCAGUGCCGGUCGCAAAACCGGCGGAGUCGGCGCCCGAGAUAAUCUCCGCGGCCAUGGCGGAGAAAUGGAAAAGGAAGCUCCGUAGCGAGAUCGACGCGCGAGAAGGCCUCGAACGCGAGCUGACGGAGUUAGCGCACGAACUUGAGUUGGUUAAAGCGAGCUGGAGGAAGGAAGUGCAGGAAGUGCGAGGUGAGCUUGAGGCUAUGAGCGUGCGAACGGUCGAAGCAGUGGAGGCGAGGAAGGAAGUCGAGCACGCACUUGAGCGGGAACGUGCCGAAUUGGCUCAGGAGCUUCAGGAAACGAAGACAAACUGGAUGAACGAAGUACAAGCAGCGCGAUCAAAGCUCGAGCAGAUGAGCGUGCAAACGGUCCAGGUGGUGGAAACGGUUCGAAAGACUAUGAUUGUGCGACACAAAGAGGAGAUAACGAGCAUGCGCGCAACAUUGUCGGAAGAAAUGCGAGAGAGCAUCCGGGGCGUACAGCUCAAGGCGGUCAAUCGCAUGAUACAAUCGUCAUCGCGCGCGAUUCGCGACAGGUUAUUCAUCGAUUGGAAGAUGUACGUUCAGGGCGCGCGUAAGAAGCGUCUAUCUGUCGUUCGCUUCAUGAUGCGCACGGAAGUCGCGCGUCUUGGCGUCGCCUUCAACACCUGGCGGCGACGCGCUCAACACAUGGCGACAAUGCGCAGAAAGGAGUCAAUUGUUCGCACGAGAUUUGACGUAAAGCUCGCUCGACGAUACUUCUACACGUGGGUGAAGACCGUAACGGAAUGGCGUGAGACGCGCGUGAUAGCCGCAAGGGCGCACAGGCGCGGUGUACGCGAUAAAUCGCUCGAAUUGAUGAGAAAAGUCUUCUUUGCCUGGUUCUCACAAACGAAACACGGGAAGACGGUGGCAAACCUCCAGCUCCGAGCGAUCAGAAAAAUGCGUCAGAAAAUCGCGUUCGAGAUGUUUGAACUGUGGAAACAGCGCGUGUUCGAGAGAAAAGUGUUCACUCGCAGAUUGAUGAAGACAUUCGAGUGUUGGCAGAAUCGAACAGUUCGAAUGGCGUUCUAUCGAUGGAGCGACGUCACGGACCGUGCUGCGCGAGAGCGCACGCUCAGGGGGUCCAUGGUCAUCAAGGCGAUCACCCAGCGCUCGGAUAAGGACGUCAUGCGCAGAGCGUUCACGAUAUGGCGCUCGUCGUGGCGUCAUAUCUCGAGGUAUCUCCACGAGCACAGGGCGAAGCACAAGUUCAUCUUGCUCAAUCGUUACUUUGAUCGAUGGUGCCACGCGGUCGAAUUGCGGCACAAUAUGGAGCGAGCGAUCGUGAGCAAACGCGUGACGCACAACCUGUUCUUAGACUGGUACUGGGACACGUUCGGAGAAGAGUUCACGCGUUUGAUCGAGUCCGGACCGACGACUGUAGAACGCGUUCCGGUGACCCGAUUCUUGCAGUCGCCCGAGCAAGCUUCGACGCUGUCGACCGACGACCUCUUCCUCACGCCCACAGAGACGCCAGAGAAGGUGGUGUGGAGUCCGCCGCGUCCGCGCCGUUUGUUGUGA